CUCCUGUCGGCCAUCGGACCGUCCUGCGCCGGUGACGGGCGACCGACGGCCGCGGCCGUCGUCGCGCUGACGUCCCCGCGGUGUCCGGAUGUGGCCGAGCCGUCGCCCGUAUGCGGGUGAACCGAUGACCUGUCCGCGGUGCAUGAGCAGGAGGAGGAGUGGGAGGAGCGGCUGCAGCGACAGCAGCGGCGCGCGUUCGGCCACGGUCCGCCACCACCGGUUGCGGUCUAGCAUCACCUAGGCACGGAGGCCGACACGGCGACACCCCGCCCGUACCGCCACCCAGACCACCGUCACCGCCACCGCAAACGCCAUCACCAACGCAUCACCACCGCCACCGCCAACGCCACCGCUGCGCCGCGGCCAUACGCAUGAUUUCCGCCCUGGACGUGAUCGCGUUCGGCAACGACAGCUCGCCGCUGACGGUCGCCGGCAAUGAUACGGCGGGCGGCGCCGCGCCCUCGCCCAACGACACGGCCGCCAACGGCGUCAUUCAGUUCCUCGACGACGACCUGUCGUUCCCCGGUUACAUACGCACCACGUGCAUGGUGGUGUGCGUCAUCAUACUGGGCGUCGGCGUGGUCGGCAACAUGAUGGUGCCGAUCGUCAUACUCAAGUCCAAGGACAUGCGCAACUCGACCAACAUAUUUCUGAUGAACCUGAGCAUCGCCGACCUCAUGGUGCUGCUCAUAUGCACGCCCACCGUAUUCGUGGAGGUAAACUCCAGACCAGAAACGUGGGUGCUCGGCGAGGAGCUAUGUAAGGCAGUGCCUUUCGUUGAGCUCACGGUAGCCCAUGCUUCCGUACUGACAAUACUGGCCAUCAGCUUCGAACGAUAUUACGCUAUUUGCGAACCGCUGCGCGCCGGUUACGUGUGCACCAAGACCAGAGCAAUGAUCAUCUGUCUGCUAGCCUGGGGACUGGCCGCACUGUUCACUAGUCCGAUCACGAUGAUCUCGGAAUACACGCAAAUGGACUACAUCGACGGUACCAAGGUGCCGGUGUGCCUGACCAAGGCCAACACGUUCUGGCCGAUAGCGUUCUUCGUGGCCAUCAUCGGCGCGUUCUUCGUGGUACCGCUUUUCGUGCUGGUCGUCCUGUACACGGUGAUCGCGGCGCACCUGAUGGCCGACCCGGGCACCAGCUGCACGGACAGCGCCUGUAACCAGCGCGCCCGCCGGCAGGUGGUGCUCAUGCUGGCCACCGUCGUCCUAUCGUUCUUCGUGUGCCUGCUCCCGUUCCGCGUGUUCACCAUGUGGAUCAUACUGGUGCCCGAGCACACGUUCCUGGACCUGGGCCUCAAGCACUACUACAUCAUACUGUACGCGUCCCGGGUCAUGGUCUACCUGAACUCGGCCGUCAACCCCAUCCUGUACAACCUGAUGUCGUCGAAGUUCCGGCGCGGCUUCUGCAAGCUCUGCCGGUCCCAGUGCGGUGGCGGCGCCGACGGCGUGGACGACGGCUACGACAGCUACGACGCCGGCGCGGGCGACGGUUGCGGCGUCAUCGGAUGUGGCGGGCGGAGGCGCAGGCGCCGCAGACGCCGUCGGGACGUGUUCCGGCUCCGGCACACCGGCACGCUCACCACUACGUUGUCGAGGUCGUGCAGCGGACCGCAGACGCGAACCACCGACGGCACCGUCGCCGAAUGCAGAAACGGCACGGGCAACGGUUCGGCACAGCGCCGGCCAAUGGACGUCACCGGCGCGGCCGCGGCAGUCGUCACCGCCUUGCUCGGUCGUCGUCGCGGCGUGAAGACGCGUCUGCAGGUCGACGACGAUCGGCUCAAAGAGAGUUUUCUGCCCGAAUAUCACUGGGAAGAGUACGUGGACGGUACACUGGUGCCGGUGUGCCGCACCGAGGCGUUCACCGUGUGGCCGGUGCUGUUCUUCAUCGGCACCAUAUCCGUGUUCUUCGUGGUGCCGCUGUUCGUGCUGUCCGUGCUGUACGUGAUCAUCGCCCGGCACCUGAUGGCCAACCCGGGAACGGUGGCGCCCAACACCAACCGGGCGGCGCUCCGGUACCGCCGGCAGGUGGUGCUCAUGCUGGGCACCGUGGUCGUGUCCUUCUUCAUGUGCCUGUUGCCGUUCCGGGCGCUCAUCCUGUGGAUCAUCCUGGCGCCGCCCGACUACAACAUCAUGGAGCUGCUGGGCGUCAAGAACUUCUACCUGCUGCUGUUCUUCAGCCGCAUCAUGCUGUACAUCAACUCGGCGCUCAACCCCAUCCUGUACAACCUCAUGUCGUCCAAGUUCCGGGACGGGUUCCGGCGGCUGUGCGGCCUGCGCCGCGGCCCGUGGGCCAACCGACACCUGGGCCGCAAGGGCACGGUGACCACGACCUCGGCGCACGCGGGCGGCUCGGCCACCGGCGGCACCACCACCACCACCACCACCGCCACGUCGAGCGUGAAGAGCGACGGGGCCGGCAACGACCGGGCGACCGCCGCGGCCACGGCCAACAUGUACGCCCGGAUGAAGCGCAACGGCGUCACCGUCGUGUCGGCGGUCGAUCGGAGCGACCGGACGUCCGGCGCCGGCGGCCGGCGGAUCAUCAAGCGGUUGAACAACAUCACCACGGCGAGCAUGCUGAAACUCCAUCAGCCGUUGCCGCACGAGAGUUACGUCUGA